AUGGCCACGACUCUCCCCCCUCUGGGAGCCGGCAGCGGAGGGGCACAUACCCAACACUCGCUCCCCUCGUUGCCGGCACAUCUCCAGUCGGAUACUCACAUCACUGGCCACCUGGCCAGCCGCUUUCACGUCUCACACCCCACCGCCAGGCUCUCAUCGCAUGGCCUCAUCUGCCUAAACACCUACACGUCGUCUACCAAAGGCCCCGAUGGCGGUAAAGCCGGCAGCGCCAUGGCCGGCGCCGAGGACAUGGCUGCUCGCGCCUGGCUGAGGCUGGGACAUCGAUCCGAGAGCCAGGCCAUCGUCUUUCUCGGCGAGUCUGGAUCCGGCAAGUCCACUGUCCGCAACCAUCUCCUCUCGGCUCUGCUUGACAAGUCGUCUACGCCCCUGUCGACUAAGCUCUCUCUGGCCGCGUAUGUCUUCGACACCCUCACCACCACUAAGACCGCCACUACGCCCACGGCUUCCAAGUCCGGUCUCUUCUACGAACUGCAGUACGACACUUCGAGCACCACCAACCCAGUCCUCAUCGGCGGCAAGGUCCUGGAUCACAGGCUGGAGAGGAGCCGCAUCACCGAUGUGCCGACUGGCGAGCGAAACCUCCACAUUCUCUACUAUCUCUUGGCCGGCACUAGCGAGGCCGAGAAGACCCAUCUCGGUCUAGAUGGCGCCAAGAGGUGGAAGUAUCUCGGACAUCCAACCCAGCUCAAGGUAGGCAUCAACGACGCCGACGGCUUCCAGCUUUUCAAGAGCGCCUUGAGGAAGCUUGAAUUCCCAAGGGGCGAGAUUGCCGAGAUUUGCCAAGUCUUGGCCACUAUUCUGCAUAUCGGCCAACUCGACUUUGAGACGACCAGCAACACCAGCGCCACCGGUGAUGACAGCGGCGGCUUUUCCCACGACGGCGGAGUCACGACCACGACGGUGAAGAACAAGGAUGUCCUCGCCAUUGUUGCCGCCUUCCUCGGCGUCAGCACCGGUGACCUGCAGAGCACCCUGGGCUACAAGACCAAGAUGAUCCAGAAGGAACGCGUGACCGUCAUGUUGGAUCCUAAUGGCGCCCGUGCCCAUGCCAACGAGCUGGCCCGGACCCUGUACGCCCUCUUGGUCGCCUGGAUCAUCGAAAACGCCAACCAGAGGAUCUGCGCUCCCGAGGAGAGCAUCGCCAACACGAUUUCGCUCGUCGAUUUCCCGGGUUUCGCCCAGCAGUCGUCGACGAAGUCGACCUUGGACCAGCUCCUGAACAAUGCAGCCACCGAGGCAAUCUACAACAUGACGCUGCACAACUUUUUUGACCGCAAGGCCGAGAUGCUCGAAUCGGAAGAGGUCAGCGUCGCUCCCACGAGCUACUUUGACAACUCCGAUGCGGUCAAGGGCCUGCUCAAGCCUGGCAAUGGCCUUCUGAGCAUUCUCGAUGACCAGACGAGGCGGAACAGAACCGACAUGCAGCUCCUAGAAAGCCUGCGAAAGCGCUUCGAGGGCAAGAACCCGGCCAUUGAGGUCGGCGCGGCCACAGCCAAGUUGCCGGGCAGCAAUUUCCUGACCGAAAACACGGCUGCUUCCUUCACCGUCAAACAUUUUGCUGGCGAGGUCGACUACCCCAUCAAAGGUUUGGUCGAAGAGAAUGGCGAAAUCAUCUCCGUUGACCUGUUGAACAUGUUCAAUGCGACUAAGAGCGAAUUCGUCGCCAAGCUCUUCGGGCAAGAUGCCUUGAAGACCAUCUCCCACCCUAGUGAGAAGACGGCAGUCUUGCAGGCCACGGUCAGCUCCAAACCCAUGCGAGCCCCCAGUGUCAUGUCGCGCAAGGGAGGCCGCGUCCGAGGCGUCGGUGCCCAGCGGCGACAACAGGACGCUUUAGAGCCAGCCGAGCAACGGGGCGACAAAAGUACCAAGAACGGCGGCAAGGGAUCGACGGAACAGGGGGCGUCUGGCCAGUUCCUGUCCUCGCUCGACAAUGUCCAGAAGGCCGUGACGGACCCUGGUACCAAUGCGUACUUUGUCUUCUGCUUGAAGCCCAACGAUCGUCGCAUUGCCAACCAAUUCGACAGCAAGUGUGUGCGUACUCAAGUGCAGACUUUUGGCAUUGCCGAGAUCAGUCAGAGGCUGCGCUCGGCCGACUUCAGCCUGUUCCUCCCCUUUGGCGAGUUUCUCGGCAUGGCUGAUGCCGAGACAAUCCUGGUUGGCAGCGAGCGCGAGCGGGUUGAAAUGGUCAUUGACGAGAAGCGGUGGCCCAGCAACGAGGUCCAAGUCGGUUCAACCGGUGUCUUCCUGAGCGAGAGAUGCUGGAUGGAAGUUGCCCGUCUUUCUGAAAAGGCGGCUGCUCAUGGACGUUUCGGCUUGUCUCCGGAAGGGGAAGGCGGCGAAGGCGUCGCCGCUGGCGAGCAGCUUGCCUUCACCGCCUCCAAGGAGCAGCUCCUCUCUGCGGGAACUACGCCGCUCAUGUACGGGGAAAAGGCCAAGGCUGGGUACUUCACCGGCUCGGAUGACACUCGAUCCGAGGCUGGAGCUUCGGCACUCGGAGCUGGCGACAUGUUCAAGAACCUCGAUACACGAGAGCAGAUGGCCGAACGAGGCAACGAAAAAUCUCUCGAGGAGGUUGAAGAGUUCAAGGACAGCCCAAGCCGCAAGCGAUGGGUUUUCACCGUCUACUUCCUGACGUGGUUCAUCCCCGAUUUUCUCAUUCGUUGGAUGGGCCGGAUGCCCCGCAAAGAUGUCCGCAUGGCCUGGAGAGAAAAGGUGGCCAUCAACAUGCUCAUCUGGCUCCUGUGUCUCGUCGCCGCCUUCUUCAUUGUCGUUUUCCCAAUGCUCAUUUGCCCAAAGCAGAAUGUCUUCAGCGCCGAGGAACUCUCAGCAUACGACGGCAAGACGGGAAGCAGAGGCGCAUACGUCUCCAUCCGAGGCUAUGUCAUCGACCUGGAUGCCUACGUGCCUCACCACUAUCCUCGGUAUUUGGGGAGCAAAAGUCUCCUCAACUACGCCGGCAAGGACGUCAGCAGCCUUUUCCCCGUACAAGUCUCCGCCUUGUGCUCAGGAGCGACCGGCUCCGUCAACCAAGAGGUCACGCUAGACUACAAGAACACGAAUCAGUCGGGCUCGCCCAGCCUCAUCGAUGCUCAAGAUGUCAACGCCAAGUAUCACGACUUCCGUUUCUUCACCAACGAUAGUCGGCCGGACUGGUAUCUAGAGCAGCUGUUGACUCUUCGAGGAAAUUGGGGCAAGGGCAACAUUGGCUAUUCUCCCGAAUACGUCCAGAAACUGGCCAACAAUCAGAAGACCAUAGCCAUCCUCGGAAACAGAGUCUACGAUAUAACGUCGUAUCUCAAUGGCGGACGAAAAAUGCGCGCCAAGGCUGGGGAAUCGCCCCCGAACGACCCCUCGCUCACGGAUUUCAUGAGUCCCGCUGUUGUGCAGUUAUUUCAGCUCAAGGCCGGCAUUGACCUCACCAAGUUCUGGGACUCGUUGGACGUCCAGCCCGAGGUCAAGGCAAGGAUGCGGACGUGUCUCGACAACUUGUUUUACGUCGGUGAUGUUGACACCCGAAACUCGACUCGAUGCAAAUUCGCAGAAUACCUGGUGCUGGCCGUCUCGAUUCUUCUUGCCUCCGUCAUUGCCUUCAAGUUCUUCGCCGCGCUGCAAUUUGGCGGCAAGAAUGUGCCGGAGAACCUGGACAAAUUUGUUCUGUGCCAGAUCCCGGCUUACACCGAGGAUGAAGACUCGCUUCGCCGGGCCAUUGAUUCCGCCGCCAGGAUGCGUUAUGAUGACAAGCGCAAGCUUCUUGUCAUUGUCUGCGAUGGCAUGAUCAUUGGUCAGGGCAACGACAGGCCGACUCCACGGAUUGUGCUCGACAUUCUCGGCGUCUCUGAAACCGUGGACCCGGAGCCGUUGAGCUUCGAAUCGCUCGGCGAAGGCCAGAAGCAGCACAAUAUGGGCAAGGUCUAUUCCGGUCUGUACGAGGUCCAGGGCCAUAUUGUUCCGUUCAUGGUCAUUGUCAAGGUUGGCAAGCCGUCUGAGGUGGUCCGCCCCGGAAACCGUGGCAAGCGAGACUCGCAGAUGGUCAUUAUGCGCUUCCUCAACCGCGUCCACUACAACCUGUCCAUGAGCCCAUUGGAGCUGGAGAUGUACCAUCAGAUCCGCAACAUCAUCGGCGUGAACCCAACCUUUUACGAGUUCAUGUUGCAGAUUGAUGCCGACACGGUUGUUGCCGCGGAUUCCGCCACGCGCAUGGUGUCGGCCUUCCUCGACGACACGCGUCUCAUCGCCGUCUGCGGCGAGACUGCCUUGACCAAUGCCAAGUCGUCCUUCAUCACCAUGAUCCAGGUCUACGAGUACUACAUCUCGCACAACCUGUCCAAGGCCUUUGAGAGCUUGUUCGGCUCUGUCACCUGCUUACCCGGCUGCUUCUCCAUGUACCGAAUCCGCGCCGCCGAGACCGGGAAGCCGCUGUUUGUCAGCCGCGAGGUUGUCGAGGCCUAUUCCACGAUUCGAGUUGACACGCUGCAUAUGAAGAACCUGCUGCACUUGGGUGAAGAUCGCUAUCUCACCACACUGCUGCUCAAGUUUCAUUCCAAGUACAAGACCAAGUUCAUCUUCACAGCCCACGCCUGGACCAUUGCGCCUGACUCCUGGGCCGUCUUCCUCUCGCAGCGGCGUCGCUGGAUCAAUUCGACGGUGCACAACCUGAUGGAGCUCAUUCCCAUGAAUCAGCUCUGUGGUUUCUGCUGCUUUAGCAUGCGUUUCAUUGUCUUCGUCGACCUGCUCAGCACCGUUGUCCAGCCUGUCACCAUUGCGUACAUUGUGUACCUGAUUGUGCUUGUGGCCACAAAGGCGACGGUCGUGCCCAUCACUGCCUUUGUUCUGCUCGGAGCCAUCUACGGUCUCCAGGCCAUCAUCUUCAUCCUGCGCCGCAAGUGGGAAAUGGUUGGGUGGAUGAUUCUCUACGUCAUGGCAAUUCCCGUCUUCAGCUUUGGCCUGCCUUUGUACGCUUUCUGGCACAUGGACGACUUCAACUGGGGCAACACGCGUGUUGUCGCCGGCGAGAAGGGCAAGAAGGUGGUCAUCUCGGACGAGGGCAAAUUCGAUCCCGGCUCUAUUCCCCGCAAGAAGUGGGAGGAGUAUCAGGCGGAGCUUUGGGAGACGCAGACGUCUCGCGAAGAUACUCGGUCUGAGAUUUCCGGCUUCAGCUAUGGCACCAAGGCCCACGCGCUCGUAUCCGAGUACGCCUUCCCCAGCCGCCCGAACUCGACGACAGGAUUUGCAGCCCACCCCUCCAUGUCUCACCUCCCCUAUGAUUCGCGUAAUCCCUCGCGGAUGUCACUGGCAGCCUCAGAGGUUGGCGGAAACCGCAUGAGCCAUUUCGGCGGGUCACAGUUCUUUAGUCCCGAAGACAUGGUCGGCCUGCCUAGUGACGACGCCCUCCUGGCCGAGAUUCGCGACAUCUUGAGGACGGCCGACCUGAUGACGGUCACGAAGAAAGGCGUUAAGCAGGAGCUGGAACGUCGCUUCGACGUGCCCCUAGACGCGAAGCGAGCGUACAUCAACAGCGCAACCGAGGCUAUACUCUCUGGUCAACUAUGA